AUGAAGAGUGAUAAUUUUUUCUGCGGGGAAAAUCUAUAUUCUCUUAGUUGUGUUUACAAGUGUAAGGGUUCAUAUCCGUGGCUUGAGCCCAUCUGGAAUGACAAUGGAGAUGACAAUUCUGCCAAGAUGAGAGUAUCUCUCUUGAGUAAUUUGGAAUCUGUUAUUUGGUCAGUCAUGGCAUCUGGAGGUCGAUCAGAGGCUCGUCUGUGGCUUUGUAACACGAUAGCUGGCAUAAGUUCCAUUGGUCGUCACCAUCAAUGUGAGUUACUUACGAACUUGCUGAGAUCUAAGCCGCUGAAGAAGGGCUUCGCAUCUCAGCUCCUAGAAAUGAUAUUUGAGAAUAGGCCACAUAAGGCAGGGUCCAUUAUUGCCAAGAGAAGUUACAUACUUAAGAAAUUCUUUGAAGGCAAGAAUUCUGAUAAUGACAUCAUUGUUGAAAAUGCAGGAAAUCCAACACGAAUAUCUCAAUGGUUUUCUAGAACUGGCGGUGGAUUGGGCCAUGGACCUGGUGCUAAGGCAUUGUCGCAAUUUUCUUUUGUUAAUCGAGAUAUUUGUUGGGAGGAGCUUGAGUGGAAGGGAAAACAUGGGCAAUCACCAGCAGUAGUUGCUACAAAGCCCCAUUACUUUCUUGAUUUGGAUGUCCAGGCAACUGUGGAGAAUUUCCUUGAAAAUGUCCCUGAAUUUUGGUUGUCCAAUGAGCUUUCUGAGUCACUUAAAGAUGAGGAUUCAAGAGAUGUAUGGGAAGUUACAAGUGAGUAUCUGAAGGAGGAAUGUUUUUCUUCGUUGUGCAAACGCCUUCUUAUUACUCUUGAUGAGUGGGACUUAUGUGAUUUUCUUCACAUGCUUCAUAAGAAUCUCAACCCUAGAAUGGAGCUCAAGGAUCCUAUGGACUCAAUUUUUAAUCAUGGACGCCAGCUUUUACGACUUCUACGAGAUGAAGAGGCCCACGAGGAAAAAGAAAAACUUGAAGACAUUGUUUCAAAGAUUUGCGGAAUCCCAAACAAUGACAGUAGCUUGGCCUCAAUAAUCAAAGAUUGCUUUAAAAUGAAGAAUAUAGAAGCAUUUAAAUUGCUGGGGCUUCAGUCAUGGGUUAUCUAUUACAGUUUAGCAGAAAAAUGCCAGACUCCCGAGUCUUGGGAAUUAUUUUUUAUGCAUAAUGAAAUAAGUUUCCGAAAAUCAGAUAGAUAUUUAUUUCUAGAUAAUCAUGGAGUGUUGGAAGGUGGUGUUUCUGAUUUGGAUCGUAAAGCAUCCAAAACAGUUAAGCACAGGAAAAAACAUAGUAGAAGGAAAAGAAAAAGGGACAUCAAUCAUGAUGACAGCGACAAUGAGUUGCUGGAUUUGGGAACCACAAAAAAUAGGCUGGAUUUGCAAUCUAAUGUUGGAAGUUGGUUGCUCUCAAUUGAUGAGUAUUCUGCAUCAUGGAACAGUAUCAGCGACUUUGUCUUUUCACCGAUGGUUGAGAUCAAACCUUUGCAUAAUUUGAUAUAA